GCUGUGUUUGUCACUGAGAGCUCACCUGUUCAACGCACUUCAACAUAAAGUGCCUUGUGUAACUGGUCGCAUUAAUUCUACAGAUAUUUUGGCCGAAAAGCAGGAUUUUGAGCGCAGCGUGAUGAAGCUUGAGCAGCCGCAGAGGAACAUAACGGUGAUGAGUGUCAUUCAUUGCGCGCUGCUGUUGGGAUUCAUUGAGUCCGGUGCGCUCGCUGCGCAAAGAUUCCGCGGAGGUCGAAACCCGCAGCCGCGACGAGUGCAGCCCUCCGCUCAGUACCGGGACCGAGGCGAAACCACCGAGAGUUUCUCACUGGAUUUCACGGCUGUUGAAGAGAACAUGGACAAUUUCAUGACUCAGGUGAAGAACUUGGCGCAGUCCCUCUACCCGUGCUCGGCCCAAAAGCUCGACUAUGACAUGAAGUUACAUUUCCUGGAGAAUACAUCAGUCACCUGUAACGACGGGACCCUAGCAGGGUACUACCUAAAGGAGUCCAGAGGAAGCAGAAGGUGGUUGAUAUUUCUAGAGGGUGGCUGGUACUGUUUCAACAAAGAGAACUGUGACAGCAGAUAUGAGACUAUGAGAAGACUCAUGAGCUCCUCCAAAUGGCCACAAACCAAGACAGGCACAGGAAUUCUGUCAUCACUUCCAGAGGAAAACCCACACUGGUGGAAUGCCAACAUGGUGUUCAUCCCAUAUUGUUCAAGUGAUGUAUGGAGUGGAGCCACACCAAAAACUGAUCAAAAUGACUAUGCGUUCAUGGGCUCACUCAUUAUAAAGGAAGUAGUAAAGGACCUGCUGAGCAAAGGUCUGGAUGCCGCCAAGAUCCUGCUCUUAGCUGGAAGCAGUGCGGGCGGCACUGGGGUGUUGCUGAAUGUGGACCCAGUGUCUGAGUUCCUGGAGGAAUUGGGACACCCCAACAUCCAGGUGAGGGGUCUGGCUGACUCCGGCUGGUUCCUGGACAACAAACAGUACCGCUGCACGGACUGUGUAGAUGCCAUCAACUGUGCACCCACUGAGGUCAUCAAGAGAGGGGUCAAAUACUGGGGCGGUGUGGUACCUGAACAAUGCCGUCAGGCUUAUGAAGGAAAAGAAUGGAAUUGCUUUUUUGGAUAUAAAGUUUAUCCUACCAUUAAACGCCCUGUGUUUAUAGUGCAAUGGCUGUUUGAUGAAGCCCAGCUAACUGUAGACAACAUUCAUCUGACUGGUCAGCCUGUCCAAGAGGGACAGUGGCGGUAUAUUCAGAAUUUGGGUAUUGAGUUGAGGAACACUUUAAAGGAUGUCCCUGCCAUGUUUGCUCCAGCUUGCCUUUCACAUGAAUUCAUAACAAGAAAUUACUGGACUGACGUUCAGGUCAAAGGCACAUCUUUACCAAGAGCGCUCCACUGCUGGGAUCGCAGUCUACACGAUAACAGCAGAAAUAACAAAGCCCCGCCCAAAGGCUGUCCCGUACACUUGAUUGACAGCUGUCCAUGGCCACACUGCAAUCCGACAUGCCCAACCAUCCGAGACCAGUCGACAGGGCAGGAAAUGAAUGUCAUUCAGUUCCUCAUGCACAUGGGCUUUGAUGUUCAGAAGAUGGCCCACCAGCAGGGUAUGGACCCUAGUAAACUGCUAGGCAUGCUCAGCAGUGGCAGCUAAAUGCUGUGGAAGGACUCGCUCCUAACUGGGGCUGUGCUUCCUGUCAGUCCAUCUGAUACCUCCAACCCCCUUUACCGACCUCAGCUUUGACCUCAUGCUGAGCUCUGCCCCUUGCCAGGGCUCUGUGCCAACUCCAUGGGCUUCCACCUGCAGAUAUUCUCGGUUAUUAAUUCCCUUGUUGAAAUCUUAAAGGAAUGCCAAGAGAAUUUCUCUCGUAAUUUGGAACCAAUCCUAAUAGGAUCAAACGACAAUCCUUUUAGAAUCAAAUUGGUUUAAUCUUCAGAAUUUUAGUGUUGUCAAUGUCAGUAGAAUCUUAUUUAAUUUUUAGGCUAAUUUAAUCCAUUUUUGUUUGAAAACUCAUUGAUUUUGCUACGUUUACACCUCUUACUAGAACUACCACACUAGAACUGCAUUUUCCUCCACCCAAAAUGGAUCAUUUUGAAAGUGCUCACCAUUAGCACGCACUUUGGAAAACAAUGACAUUAGGAAACUGAAAACAAAAGAGUUUUCAAUUAAAAAUGGAUUAGUGUGGAUGUGGCCUUAGAGGAUUCUUGUUUGAUCUCAUUGAUUCCACAAUAUGAUAGAAAUUCCAUUGGCAUUCCUUAAAGGUUUUUUGACAAGAAAAAUUUAAGAGUGAAGAUGGCAUCGAUUUUGCUCCAAUCCAUUUUAUGUAUUUAGAUCAGUGGUUUUCAACUGGUGGGUUUUACCCAAAAUUGGGUUCCAGGUCUGUUCUGACAGGGUUUCGGACAGCAAUGAAAUAAAAGCGCUAAAUGCAAAUAAUAAAAUGCAAUCAACCAUAUAAUCAUGGUUGGAAUGGCAAAUUAAAUAGGCAUAUCAACUUUUAAAAAGAAGGAGAAAAAGGGGCCUGGGAAGCUCAGAGAGUAUUGACGCUGACAACUACCCCUGGAGUCGUGAGUUCGAAUCCAGGGUGUGCUGAGUGAAUCCAGCCAGGUCUCCUAAGCAACCAAAAUUGGCCCGGUUGCUAGGGAGGGUAGAGUCACAUGGGGUAACCUCCUCGUGGUCGAGAUUAGUGGCUCUUGCUCUCAAUGGGGCGCGUGGUAAGUUGUGUGUGGAUCGCCGAGAAUAGCAUGAGUCUCCGCGGUGUCAUGCACAUCAAGCCACGUGAUAAAAUGCAUGGAUUGACUGUCUCAGAAGUGGAGGCAACUGAGACUUGUCCUCCACCACCCGGAUUAAGUUGAGUAACUGCACCACCAAGAGCACCUAGUAAGUAGUGGGAAUUGGGCAUGCCAAAUUGGGGAGCAAAAGGGGAGGAAAUUAUAUAAAAACAAAAAAAAAUAAUUAUAUAUAUAUAUAUAUAUAUAUAUAUAUAUAUAUAUAUAUAUAUAUAUAUAUGAGAAAUCACCUCCAAUAUAUUUUGUUGAUGACAUCAAAGGCUGUGCAUCCAAUUCAAACUCGGUAUUUGGUCACUUGGUAGAAACUAGCCUAAUUGGCCAGGACAGAAAGAGUGACAUCCUUAAAAACCAUAAACAUAAAAAUCUGCACUAUUAGCCAAUGUUGUGUUAAUAAUUAUGCAUACUGUAGGCUUAUGCAAUAUACAGUUGUAUUAAAAAUAUUGAUAAAUGUUUAAUACAAUUUUUGUGUACUUUUGCACCAUUAACUAGUGGUUCUCAGCCAGGGGACCAAGGCCCAUGAGGGGCCCACAAGCCCUUGAAGUCAAAAAGGCUGAGAACCACUGCCAUGAACAAUUUUGGUACCUUUGUGGGUCACCACUUGAUGUCCAAUGUAAAUUCUGGGUCCUGAAGCAAAACCAGUUGAGAACCACUGGUUUAGAUGAUUAUAAUUGAGCAGUUUGGAGAUGAUGGAGUGCAUCAAAAUGAGAACUGGAAUGGAGCGUUUGUCAGAUCCACUUCAUUUAAAACUAUGGGCUGCUGACUGUUCAAUCCGACCCAACCCCACACAACACAGUACUGGUGAAAGUACUGAAGCAACAUGUAAGCAGGACAAGGUACACCUGCAUCUUUGCUCUUAAUUUAUCUUUUGGUUAUAAAAGUAACACGAAUGUAAUCCAGUUUUACGGAUCUUAAACGUUGUUUGCUUUAUUUUUCUUUUUUUCGUAGAUUUUUUUUUACCAAUAUAUAUUUAGCCACAAUUUAUUCGAGUUUUAUAUGUCCAAUAAGAGAAAGAAAAUACAAAACAAAGAGAGAAUGGAGAUUAUAGAGUUUAUAAUCUAUAACAGAUUAUAGAGUUUCAAAAGUAUAUACAAAAUGAAAAGGAUCUAGUCUGAUUGUAAAGAAUCUAAUGAACAGGAAUUAGGAACAGGCAGACACAUGUGUGGCCAUGUAAACACAUAAGCGGCAUUCUGAUGGGUGUGCAGAAUGCGCAUGUGCAUGGAACAGACCGGACAACAAAUGUCAUUGGAUGGAGUUGACACAGCGGAAAGAUUUCAAAAUUUCUGGGCGUACAGUGAGAAAAGCACAUACAAUAAAAACUAUACCCAUUUAUAUACACCAAUGUAAAAUAUCGACUGUCCCUUACAUUUGUGUGUAUGUGCUCAUACACUGGGGGAAUCCCAGAGUUUAACAUAAGAGGAAACCCCACUAUUACAGUGCAAUUACGCUGCAUAUUGCGAUAGAAAAUUAAGGAAACAAAAACAGCAACAACUCUAAAAUAUUUGGAAACAAAGCGAAGCAACAGAGAAUAAAAUAACAAACUGUUCUCUUAUGCUGGGUUUGUUAUUUACACAAGUGUCAUGGGGAAAUUACAUGUCGAGAAAGCUGCUUACUGACCGAACCGCAUUAUUACGGGAAUAGAGUGUUCGCCGCUUAUGCUUUCUAGCAAUAAGCCACUUUCUGGUGUCCAUGUAAACAUUGUCACUGUGUCGCAUAAGUCACGUGACACGAGAACAAUAAUGUUUACCAUUAAUGACUUCAAAAUGAGUAAUUUUUUUUAACGAAAACAAGUGUGAAUGGGCUUUGCGAGCUCUGGAACAAAAAUCUUAAUAUAUAAAUCAUUUGGAUUACAUUUUUGAUACUUUUUUAAGGCGCUUUUUGGUACCUGGCAGUAAAAAUCACCAUCCACUUUCAUUUGAGAUCAGACAUUCUUCAAAAUUUUGCCUUUUGUAUUCUACGAAAGAAAGAAAAUCAUUCAGGUUUGUAAUGACAUGAAGGUGAGAUAAAGAAGACAGAAUUUUUAUAUUUAGGUGGAGUGUUUCUUUGAAGUACAAAAUAGAUACAUACCCACAAAUCCUGGAUAAAAAGCUAAGCCCAGCAAACAGAUCCUCUUUCCAAUGUCACAUUUAGACACACAUUAUCUUGAAUGUGACCCUGCUGCUCAGGUUGUUCUCUGGACACUUUUGGUGCAUCUUCAUUUAACUCAUUCAGAUUGUAUAAAGAUGAACAACAAAAGGGGGAUUACACUUAUUGUUACCAUGUUUCCUUCAACUGUGUAUAAACUCUUGGGAAAUUUGUUUCUUAUUAUGUAAGUGGUAAAAUAAGCCAAAUGAGUGCAGUUUCCCAUCUUCAACAAGUAAAUGUUAUUAACUGCCAUUGCACUGACAUGACAGCAAGCCAAUGGCAACUUAAAGCUCGGUUGAAAGGAUCACAAUUUUAUUAAUGCAACUUUCUCUCACUCCAUUGGGAGAGGGUAUUGUGCUCUUUAUGCAUUUACCCAUGUAUAGGUCUUCAUAAAAUCUAGCUCCUUUGGGAGUUCUUUUGUCAAAUGAAGACACUCUGGACUGUUUACAUAUUUGAUAUAAAAUCACUUUUUAAUAUAAUGUUAUGUAGAAAUCAAUGAACAGUCUCAUGAAAAACAAGAUCCACCAUAAGAAAAAAAAUAACUAAAUAAAAAACAGAUAUGUGAAGGUAUAACUAAUUGCUAUUUUGUUCUGUAACAUAUUUUUUUAACAGAAACUCAAUCUACAUUGCUAAGUUGCAUAUUUAUUUUGUUAUGUAAAUCAUAUUUAUAAUAUUAUUUUCACAGAGAAGGGAUGUAAAUUGUACAUAAUUAAGUUUGUUUUUCUUGUGUUGAAUGCAUGUGUCCCUGAGAGAACACAAUACAGUUAUUCCAAAAACAUUCAAUAUUGUCUUUUUUUUUUUUUUUUUAGCAUUUCAUUCUACAGCCUAAUUACACACAUCAUGGUUUUAUUGAACUUACAGCAUUUCAUGACUUGAAACA